AUGAUCCAGACUGACGUGGCCAAGAUCCAGGAGCUGGUGCAGAGCCCGCGGCCGAUCGAUGAGAAGCAGCAGCUCGUGCUGCAGGAGGUGGAGGACACUCUGGUCGAAUUCCUGCAGCGGGGCGCGGGGGUGGAGACGGACGUCCUCUCAAACCUGAAGGCCGCGCUGCCGCAGGACUUGGCUCAAAGGCUGGAUGAGGUCGUCCCGCCGGUGCCCGGAGAGGAGGCCGCAGCCACCGGUGGCGGUUACGGCGCUUAUAACGGGGACGGCGGCGGCGCGUACGGCGUGCCGGGGUACAGCGCACCCCCCGCGGUGGACGAAGCGGCGGCGGCUGUGGUGUACACGGGCGACUCUGUGGCUGACAGCCAGAUCGCCGCGGAGAUGUCUGAGAUCCGCCUGGCGGUCUCGGGCGUCAAAGAGUCCCUCGAGUCCCUCCGCGCCAACGCCGACGCCUCCCGCGCCGGCAUCUUGCGCCUCAACCUGCGGGAGAGCCGCGACAUGCUCGCGCGGCGGCUGCGGGAGGCGACCGUGCCGGCCGCGUCGGCGGCGGGCGCGGGCACCGCGGCGGGCAGCCUCGCGGCGGCGCGGCGGGAGGCGCAGGUGCUGUUGGAUGAGGUGGACGCGCAGUUCUUUUCGUGA